AUGAAUGAUGCACUCUUUUGCAUCGUCUGGCGGGUGGCAGAUAAACAAGUGGAGGCAAUACAGUUUUUGACUACCAAUAAUGCAAUAGAAGUGAAUGCUCUUAAUGAAGGUGGCUUUACCGCUUUGGAUAUUUUAAAACAAAGCAGAAGAGAUUUGAAAGAUUAUGAAAUUGUGGAGUUGCUUAGAUGUGGGGGAGCUAUUUCUGCAGAAGACAUUGUCGUAUCGACGCAUGAACUUGGGUCCAAACAAACUAGAACCUUAACAUCUCAUAGCAAUAAUCAAAUUAAUAUGUUGCGCCCUCAAGGUAAGCGUACAGAAAAGUCCGUUAAGAAGAAAGAUGAUUGGUUGAAAGAAAUGAAUAAUGCCUUGAUGGUGGUAGCAUCACUGAUAUCUACUGUAACAUUUCAAGCUGGUCUGAACCCUCCUGGUGGUGUAUGGCAAGAGACUAAAAAAGCCCAAUAUGGCGCCCCCACAUCUGAACCAUAUCACGAGGCAGGGGAGUCAAUAAUGGCUGAUACAUCAUCACCUCACUAUUAUAGUUUGUCUAAUUUGUUUUUCACUUCCAAUACCAUAGGGUUUGUUGCGUCUCUUUGCAUCAUUUUACUGCUCGUGAGUGGUUUGCCAUUUUGUAAACGCAGGUUGUUUACGUGGAUUUUGAUGGUGAUCCUGUGGGUUGCGAUUUCGGCAUUAACCCUUGCUUAUCUCUUCUCUCUAAGUUUUAUUACAAGCCCGAAUGAACCGGUCAUCGGGUACGUAUCUGCUACAGUGAUGGUAUUACUUGUAUGGAUGGGCGUGAUGGGGAUUCUUCUUCUGAGUCACACCAUUCGUCUUGUAAAAAAGAUAAUAGUCUAUUUCAUAAAAUUAACAAAAGCAUGGAGGGAUACUAAUGGUUCAAAUGCUGAUGAACAAUGUCUUAGUGUCUAAUAUCUACAACAUUAAUAUUUAAUGUGUAGAAAUUAUGUUUUUGAGAGACUGUAUGUACUUUUAUGAUAAUGUUACAUAUUUUACUUUUCUAGGUAUGUAAAGUGUUUAUGUUUUGUGCAUGUAACAAAAGUGAAGAUCUUGUUGAGUAAUGGUGAUGUAACAAAAGUGUUAGUUUUCGAAGGCUUUACUUGCAAUUGAAUAGGCUGUCAGGUCUGCUACUAGUUAUACCUUUAAU